GGGCCUCUAACAGCCGUGCAUUUAAGGUAGCAGGGUUCACGGUACUGGCGUGUCUUCUCCUAGCCGGCCAGGCCCUCACUGCCUACCUGGUCUUCAACCAGAGGGGCCAGAUCCACGACAUGCAGAAGAGCAACGACAACAUGCGCAAGCAGCUGAGAAACAGACCACCAGGUAGGGGAGGGGAUGGGGGAAGGAGAGGGAAUGGGGAAGGAGGGUUGUUGAUGUGGCGCAGUGGUCUAAGGCACUGCAUCGCAGUGCUAGCUGUGCCACUAGAGAUCCUGGUUCGAAUCCAGGCUCUGUCGUAGCCGGCCGCGACCGGGAGGCCCAUGGGGCGGCGCACAAUUGGCCCAGUGUCGUCCAGGGUAGGGGAGGGAAUGGCCGGCAGGGAUGUAGCUCAGUUGGUAGAGCAUGGCAUUUGCAACGCCAGGGUUGUGGGUUCGAUUCCAGUAUAACAAAUAAAAAUGUAUGCACUCACUAACUGUAAGUCGCUCUGGAUAAGAGCGUCUGCUAAAUGACUAAAAUGUAAAAAUGUAAAAUGUAGAGUUGGUGGCCAAAGGAGAGGGAAGUGAGAUCAAUUUAUUUAGGAAGAGAGACUGGGGGGGGGGGACUGGAUAGAAAAUAGUGGUUUUAUUCCACAGAAGGACCACCCAUACAUAAAAAAAUAAAAAUGGUAUACACACAUGACUGGAAGUCGUCUGUAAAAGGCAUAUAUUAUUAUUCUACGGGUUGGGUAAGUUACUUUCUAAAUGUAAUCCGUUAGUUACCUGUCCAAAAUUGUAAUCUGUAACGUCACUUUUUGAUUACCCAAACUCUGUAAUCUGAUUACUUUGUUACUUUUAGAUUACUUUCCCCUUAAGAGGCGUGUUAGUAGUUGGCACAGCCAGUCUUAAAAUCUGAUUUGUAACCUAAACUUAACGACACUGCUAACCCUAAUGCCUAACCAUAACCUUAAAUGAAGACCAAAAAGCAAUUUUUUGUUUUCAUAUAUUUUUACAAUAUAGCCAAUUUUGACUUUGCAGCUGGCCCAUUCUACCUUAAGGACAAGACUCGUCCCAAUAAACGUCAACCUGCUUAAUAGGCAUUAGAAGAAGACUAAAACAUGUAUAUUACCAAUUGAAUGACAUAAAUUGCAGGAGAAAUCAAUGUUAGUGUUUACAUAGCUGGCCAUAAAUGGAUGUUCCAUUUUACUUUAUUGGUUAGUUAUGUAGGCAUCUUCUAACUCAUUGCUUUCUACUACAGAUAAUAAUAUGAUUAGGUCAUAUCUUUACAUUAAAACCCAAAGUCUGUCAGAUUUACAGUCAUUCCAAUUAUUUAAUACCCCUUGAUCUUCAAGAAUAGGACUUGGAAAUAUAGAUUAGCCAAAUAGUUUUACCUGAGCAUAACCCCAAAAAACAAAGGACUAAUUAGCCUAAUCUUUUUUCUUUCAUUUUUUUUGUCAUGGAGGACUGUUUGGGCUCAUUGCUUCGAAUUGAAAAAGAAAUGCUGCUCUCAGAAUGGCAUGCUUUGAGCAUUAUAGAAAAGUGCUGUUUGCGUGUGAAAAACUAGAUGGUAAUUUUCCAUGAAGAAAAUAAAAGCCCCUCUCCUGGUCUUCUUAAAUGCAACUAGUUGUUGACAGUAUGGAGCACAAUACCACGGGGGAGUUUAGAAGGGAGGAACUCAAACUUUUAUUCCAUAGGCUGGGAUCCGCACUAUGCAGCUGUUGUUAAGAGCACAUUUUUCACUGGCUGUCCACUGGGGGGCGUAUUCAUUACGCCGAUUCUGUUGCAAAACUUUUCUUAAACGGAAGCAAACGAAAUGUGGAGGGACCUACCUGAAUUUCUCCAAUAGAAACUCUUGUUUGCUCUGUUUGCUUCCGUUUGGUUCUUAAACGGUAAACGGUUUCUGUAAUGAAUACACCCCUGGUCACAAAAACAAUGAUUGAUAGGCAGCUUAAACACAAUAUACAGUAUAUUAGUGAACAGCCAACCACAACAACCACAGUCCCCAGGCGCAAAUAAAUGAGAGAGCAGCAGUGUAAUUCACAUCAAUGUGCUAUGUAGCCUAGAUAUCAAUAAUAAGUGAUAUCAGUAUUGCUCGUAGGCUACACCACUGUUGUCAUCCUUACCUCCAAGCAUGUAUUCAAGUUGGAUAAUCUUUGGAUGCCGACAGCAGUCGCACCAUUAGAAUACAUAGCUUGCGCUGUACCCUACAAAAGCCUAUUCCUGCUCUUUUCCCGCAAUCCAUCAAACGCAUUUGGUGUGUCAUCAUAGUGGUCUCUGAUUUGUGGUUAGACUCUCUUGUGCCUUUUUUCAAUGCUGAUUUGAAUGUCAUUGAGAAAACAGAAAGGUGUAAAAUAUUUUUCCUCAAACAUCCUUUCUGAAUUUCAAAAGUAAUGCUAAAUGUUAUCAUCUACUUUUUCAAAAGUAUCUGCAAUCUGAUUACAAUAUUUCAGCUGGUAAUGUAAUGAUUACAGUUACAGUUACAGUUUUUUUGUAAUCCAUUACUCCCCAACCCUGAUUAUUCUAUAAGUUUGUGAGGGGCUAGCCUCAAUCCCAAUUUGAAGUGUUUUAUCUUUUAUUCACACUGACCUGUCUCCAUCUUUCCCUCCUUGCUCCAGCUGUGGCCCCUGUCAAGAUGCAGAUGCCCAUGUUCAACAUGCCACGGAUGAUCGACUUCACUGAUGAGGACACCAAGACUCCCAUGACGGUAUGACUCCUCUUUCCCUUGUUAGAGCAGGAGUUAUUGAACUUUUUCAGCCUGGGACCCAAAUGAGAAAUUCUGUUUCCCUGGGACCCAACCUUAUGAAAACAUGCAACUAUAUGUAAAUAUCGGUACAUUUCAUUGCUCUUAUGCCCAAAACAAAUGCAAUUAAAUGAAAUACCCAUAUAAAUAGCAAUUAAUAUUAAUAUUUCCCCAUUAAAAACACUGUUACAUAUCUGUCUAGGUUGGAACUGUUGCUGUUAAAAUACAAUAAAUCAUUUUCAUUCUGAACUGGAAGAAACUGAUUGAUCACAUCACACAGAUGUAUAACAGAGGUGUGUGGCUGGUUGAAGUUUUCAACAAGCAGGUCUAUUCUGGGCUCAGUUUUUGACAGUGCAACCCUGAGGACAUGCUCAGCACUUGUAUGUGGUGCCAAACUGUAUCUGUGUACAAGGGGAUUGUUUAAAAGAGAAACUUGCAUGUGAGAGAUAGUACUCCCUUAUUUCUGCUUAGAAAAUGACAACAAUGCCCUGCUAGCUGACUUAACUUUUACACUGUUGAAGCACUGUUUCCUGAAGCAUUCUGCCCUGUUCUGAAAGAACUCCCUGGGUUUACUGUCAUGCUGUGGAUGUUUUGGUCAGGACGUGUCCUUUUAAUUUGUUUGUUUUGAGAGACUCAUUACUAAGCACUUCCCUGCACAAAACACAUUGUGGGCGCUCCUGGUUAUUUCUUAAAGGAUGUAUGAAACCAAGAGAGAGAAACUCAUCGCUGUAUCUGGGUUUCUUGACGAUUGAGCUCAGUCAGAACUUGUGGCUAGCUUGAGUCCAUUUGAUGACAGCGGUGAGUGAUGGUGAGUGGGAAUGACAAGUCUGUGACUGACAGCGCAUAAUCUGCUGCUGAACGACCACGCUGCAGCGUGUGGGUCGUGGAGAUAUGGUAAACCGCGAAGCACACGCACAUCUCCCUCCCACUUGCGCAGCUGCCACACUAAGCAGACACCGCUGCUAAGCAGAGAGCGCACUGAACAGAUCAAUUCCAGUAAUUAAUUAAAUAACUAUACACUUACUCUGACACGUCACGACCCACCAUUAACAGGUCCGAGCCAUACUUUAAGAAAGGCUGUCUUAGAGGCUUUUUUGAACUGAGGGAAAACAGCGACUAGAUGGCAGCAACUAGCUCACUUGUAAAUGUCAACUUGUUUAACUCCAGUGAAAUUGCAUUGUAGAUCUAUCCCCUAGGACUAAGCUCCCUCUUCCUGCUCCUUUGAAAUACAAAAAUGAGUAUUAAGUAUUUAUUGUCUGUCUGUCUGUCUGCUCUCCCAACAGAAACUGGAGGACACUGCCACUGCAAUUGUGAGCCUGGAGGAGCAGGUGAAGGAUCUGCUGCAGGUAAAUUAAUAAAUACAUAUUAAUCAAUGAAUCCACCCUUUGCAUUGAAGUCACCUCUACAAAGACAGAGACAGUUUAAAUAUCAGCCAUUGAUUGAUUGAUUGAUCAUGUGAUUGUGUGUUUUUGAUCAGAACCCCCAGCUGCCCCAGUUCAACGAGACGUUCCUGGCCAACCUGCAGAGCCUGAAGGACCAGAUGGAGGAAACUGAGUGGAAGGUAAGACUUAACUGCAUCUCAAAUGGCACCCUAUUUCUCUUUAGUGCACUACUUUUGACCAGGGUCAUAAGGCUCUGGUCAGAAGUAGUGCACUAUAUAGGGACCCUGAUAAUACACCCUAAGACACGAAUAUCCAUGGAUAAACAUUAUAUGAUCCACAUUACCUUACAGUAUCUUACCCUAGGGCUGGGUGGUAUACCGUGCUUUACUAUAUACCGGUAUUGAUGCAAGGAAUGGUUUUAGUUUUUACUUUACCUUCUAUAACAGUAUUUCAAUGUUUGGUUUGUUAGAUGUGAUACUCCGUUGCAUAUAAUGUCCGUUCUUAUAGUUUACUCCGUUUGCUACUUGAGUCAUCUCUCUGCCUCUCCUCCUGCUAACCACACCAAGCCCUGCCUCCUGUCACUCAAGGAGAGAGCAGUUGCUCGACCACGGAGUCAUGAGCACUUUCUUGCUGUUCACUCCGCAUGGUCAGAUGGAUGCUACGGUGUUGGUGACAUGCUGCUUUCCACAAACGCUCUAUAAUUACACUUAGUUUGUGUAUCUUGCUGUCUGAAAACUACUGUCUGCUAGUUUAUUUUCUUAGCAAGGUGUUGCAAAAAUCAUUUGUAUUAGCCGCAAAUCGCUUGUUAGCUGGCUAGCUAGCUUGCUAAAUGUACUAAAUGUCAGAGCAAACGGAGCUAGUUAGCUAAUACUGUCUGGUACCAGUGCUGGUGUAGACCUAGAUAAGCAUUUUUGUGCAGCGGUAUCUUAUCAGAGAGGAAUAGGCGAAGCAUGAAUAUGUUGGUUAGCUAGAUAGCAACAUGAAGUAAGAAAACAUGUAGUAAAUACCGUCAAAAAUUUGAAAAGUAUUGUGAUAUGAUAUUCUGUCAAUAUCGCCCAGCCCUAUCUUACCCUAAACCCUGACUGUGUUCCUCAGGGCUUUGAGACCUGGGCGCGCUAUUGGCUGCUCUUCCAGAUGGCACAGGAGAAGCCCCCUGCUUCCCCCACACCUCAGCCAGGUGAGCUUACCCCCCCUCCCACCACCUCUUCCUCACCACCAUCACCACCACCUCCUCACCCUCACCCCCCACCACAUAACUUAAUGUCUCUUGUCUCUCCCUCUAUUAUUUCCUCCACCCCCUGAACCAAGCAUUUAAUAUCAACUUACCAUUGCUCUUCUCUCUUCUUUCCCUCUCUUCUCUUCUCUCUUCUUUUCCUCUCUUAUCUCUUCUUUCCCUCUCCUCUCUUCUUUCCCUCUCCUCUCUCCGUUCCUCAGCCUCUGGCCUGCAGACCAAGUGUAACCUGGAGAUGUCUGCCCACCCCCAUAAGGUUGGCACCUACCUGCCUCAGUGUGACGAGCAGGGCAACUACCUGCCCAUGCAGUGCUGGCACGCCACCGGCUUCUGCUGGUGUGUGGACAAGAACGGCAAACUCAUCGAGGGCACCAGCGUGCGUGGCAGAGCCAUCUGUGACGGAGGUAGGAACUAGGCAGACAGCGCACACUGCAUUAAUGACCCCGGGCAGUCUGUAAUAAUGCUCAUUGGGUCAUUAUUACACAAUACACAUGCUAUAGGAGAACGGUAUAUCUGGUAGGUACAUAGUGGUGGUGAUGGUACUGUUGUCUCAUGUUAUUGUUUGUUUCCCACAGUCCCCCAUCAGAGGAUGGCAGCUUACCCCAGGAUGAUGCAGCUGAAGGAGUACAAUGGUGAGUGUUAGACAGAAACUCAAUAACAGACAGACAGAAAUACAAUAUAUAGAGAACGCUUUGGAUCACGUCUGUCUACUGUGUCUUUAGACUGUUCAUCUGAAAACAUUGCAUGAUAGUUUGGCACUUAUGGUGGACUCUUUUCUCUGUAUUUUGCAGAUGAGUAAAACCACAGCUCAACCACAGCACCCGAUGGACUUCUUCACCAAGUGUCCUCUCCUCAUCUCACUGUCAGACCCCCCCCCCCCCCCAAAAAAAAAAAGUUUCCUUCUGUCUAUCUCACUGUUCCUUUCUCAUCAUAUAGCUAAGUUACCUGGAAUGCAAACCAAUCAAUGUUCUCUUUUGAUUUAUGGAUGGUUGUCUUUGGACAGCAUAUAAGGCUUAAACUAUUAAAAUGUUUGCUUAUGAACUCAGCUCAGCUAUGUUAAGCAUUACUAGAGAUAUACAUAUGAUGCGUGAGUGACAUUUUGCACACAACAUCCAGAUUUUCUCGUCCCCAAACCCUGACCCUCUGACCCUACUCCUGUCAACUUUGACCCCUAGUCCCUUACCUUGGUCCUCCAAUCAUAUCCCUCCCGGUUCCUUGAUCUGCCUCUCCCCAUAGAUUGCCAUAGGGCUUUGUUGAUAAGCGUACUGUGUAGAUAAUAUAACUUAGAUUAACGUCUAUUUGUCCAUGUCUUUAAAGCAUGCUUUGACUAUUAGGAAUGUAGAUAUGGGGAAGUGAUUCUACCAAGAGAUGUGAACCAGACAGGAUGAAUAAAGUAUGCUGUUUCCUACCUAAACACGGUUUCAUGACUCAGUAUACAUAGAAUCUAUCCGCCAAAAAAUAACAAAAAGUGUAAAUAACCAUAACCACUCUUUGUCAUUUAUCAUUGCCAAUGAUAAUGGCAAGUAGAACUAAUCAACAUUUUAAAAUGAAUAG